GGUUGCACUUGCACAAAUCAAUGAGAACAGCCACAUUAAAUAAAAUAAUACAAACAAAGAGAAUAAAUAAAUAAAAUCUAGUAGUAGUAUUCAUUGUAGAAUAUUUAAGUACUGUUUUUUUGUAGUGAAGUUAAGGAUCUUUUCGAGGUUUGGAAUGUUGCAAAGAAACAUGGGAGAGUCAUCAACUUGUCUCACGCAACCAUUCUGUUAUUCCUCUGGCUUUUCCAAUGAAUCCAACAAGGACAACCCAAUUAAAGUACUUGGGGAAUCAGUGUCGUUUGGGAGGUUCACGACAGAGUCACUAGCAUGGGAGAAAUGGUCAACAUUCUCAACCAACCGUUAUGUCGAAGAGGCAGAGAGGUAUUCAAAACCGGGUUCGGUUGCAGAGAAGAAAGCUUUCUUUGAAGCUCAUUACAAGAAACUUGCAGCUCAAAAAGCAGCUGCAUUACUUGAACAAGAAAAAAGUGAUUCACUCGAAAUGGAAGAACAUGAUGAGGCAGAAGUUGAUAACACCAACAAUUCACAGUUAACAAGUCUAAAACCUAAACUUGUUGAGACAAGUUUACCUGAAAGUGGAAACAAGGUAGAUGUAACUCAACUUGAGAAGGAGCAGCAAACCCUUGUAGGGAAUUCAAUGCAAAACCAGCUUGGUGAUAAGGACUUAAAUGUAAAGAAAGGUUCCACAGAUCCUAUUGUUUCAAAUAUUGCUACCCCAAUGAAUAACAAGGCUUCAUUAAGAAAGAAGAGAUCAAAAUCGAAGUCACUUCACAUGUCAGUAAAGUUUGCAGUCAUUAGAGAAAUUAAUAGAUUGACUUCAUCUGUAAUGAGGAAAUUUGAAACUACAAGAGUUGGUUCUGGUUCUUCCACAGCUUCAAAGGAUAGAUGGACUCCUAUAACAACACCAACAAAGACCUCCAAGAAUGAGCUGCAAAAGCACCCUUCAUUUUCUCCACUAACUGAACAGAAAAGAAAAAAUAUGGAAUCACCAAUUAUAUCAUCCCUGUUAAGCUUAAGGAUCGAAGAUAGGGAUGCAUGUAGAAAGAAGGAGAGAGCACAGACAAAGACUAUAAAACCAAGACUAUGCUUUUGUUUCAAACCGAGGCAACUACCCGAAUUUAACAAGGAAGGAGAAGGUUCUAAUAGAGGGACAAAAGAGAAAUCACUGACACCAGGAACAAGAGUCACUUCUAGUGUAGUACAAAGCAAAGCCUCUUUAUCUGCUGAGAUACUUACUACAUAUGAAAAUACAUCUCCAAAUAUUCAGCAUGGAAUCCAACAUGAAAGAAAUUACUAAGUUUUGUUUUAAAUGAGAAUACAGUAUCAUUGGAUAAUGUGACCUCUUCUUGUUGUCAUAGAUUAUAUGUAAACUCCGAACAAGGUUUUAAAUUGUAGUUGUAGUUAGGUUACAGUUUGAUUACACUGCAAUCAGAACUACAAAGUUUUAUAGUUGAAUUUAAAUCCUUAAGUAUAGAUAUAUCAUAGCUUCAUGAAAAUGACUUGUGAAGCAUUUUGGUACAUGCAUGUAUAUGGCUACAUUCCAAUAUGGUAUAUGACCCUGUGCAAUAUGGUACAUGCAGUUUUCGCUCGUGAUACUUUUGUCCAUGUUUUUA